CCUUGUUCGAGAAGCACCGUUACUACUUUUCGAUAGGGAUAUAAGUCAAAAUUUUUGAUUUGAGACACAUUAUUUUCAUCCAAACAACUUUUUUCAGCUGAAAAUGCGCGAGUGUAUUUCUGUGCACGUUGGCCAAGCCGGAGUUCAGAUUGGUAACGCUUGUUGGGAGUUGUACUGCUUGGAGCAUGGAAUCCAGCCUGAUGGCCAGAUGCCCAGCGACAAAACAAUCGGUGGAGGAGAUGAUUCUUUCAACACAUUUUUCAGCGAGACUGGAGCAGGAAAACACGUUCCUCGCGCCGUCUUUGUUGAUUUGGAACCAACCGUCGUCGAUGAAGUUCGCUGUGGUACCUACAGACAACUUUUUCACCCGGAUCAGUUAAUGACCGGCAAAGAAGACGCUGCUAACAACUAUGCCCGUGGGCACUACACUGUUGGGAAAAGCAUUAUCGAUCAAGUUCUUGAUAAGAUAAGAAAACUGGCUGAUCAGUGCACUGGAUUGCAAGGUUUUCUUAUCUUCCACUCUUUUGGUGGUGGAACUGGCUCUGGAUUCACAUCAUUGCUCAUGGAGCGUCUGUCUGUGGACUAUGGCAAGAAAUCCAAGCUGGAGUUCUCUAUUUACCCUGCACCACAGAUUGCCACAGCUGUUGUGGAGCCUUACAACUCCAUUCUGACAACUCACACCACUCUGGAGCACUCUGACUGUGCCUUUAUGGUGGACAAUGAGGCCAUCUAUGACAUCUGCCGUCGUAACCUGGACAUUGAGAGACCCACUUACACCAACCUGAACAGACUGAUUGGUCAGAUUGUGUCGUCCAUCACUGCAUCACUCCGUUUUGAUGGUGCCUUGAAUGUUGACUUGACAGAAUUUCAGACUAACUUGGUGCCAUACCCUCGUAUUCACUUCCCUCUGGCCACUUAUGCUCCAGUGAUCUCAGCAGAGAAAGCUUAUCAUGAACAGCUGAGUGUUGCUGAAAUCACCAAUGCCUGCUUUGAACCAGCCAAUCAGAUGGUGAAAUGUGACCCACGUCAUGGUAAAUAUAUGGCCUGUUGUCUUUUAUUCCGUGGUGAUGUGGUUCCAAAGGAUGUGAAUGCAGCCAUUGCAACAAUCAAGACCAAGAGAACCAUUCAGUUUGUAGAUUGGUGUCCUACUGGAUUUAAGGUUGGAAUCAAUUACCAGCCCCCCACUGCUGUUCCUGGAGGUGAUCUGGCCCGAGUUCAACGUGCUGUGUGUAUGUUGAGUAACACCACAGCUAUUGCUGAGGCCUGGGCCCGUCUGGAUCAUAAGUUUGAUCUGAUGUACGCAAAGCGUGCGUUUGUCCACUGGUAUGUGGGUGAGGGUAUGGAGGAAGGAGAGUUUUCUGAGGCUCGUGAAGAUUUGGCGGCAUUGGAAAAGGAUUAUGAAGAGGUUGGAGUGGAUUCGGCUGAAGACGAAGGGGAAGGGGAAGAUGAUGAGUAUUAAAAAUCUUCAUCUACUGGCUCGGGUGUGUGUGGGGGAGGGGAGGAACAGGGGAAGUGUUGUCGAAGGAAAGUAACCUUGAUUGGCAUCCUGUUGCUAAACGAGACUCACGGUUUUGAACGAAAUCUACUCCCAAUCCUAGAGGCUUCGUUCCAAAAUGGUGCCAAGAUAUUUAAUCCCAUUUGAUGACGGAUUGUAUUUAUUCUAGAAAAUUCUUUUAUUUUAUCAACUUGUUAUAUUCCUUAGGAAGGUGCGAUUUUGAAAUG